AUGGCGGAUUCUAUGAACCCUCCCCUCUCGUACGAGGCCUCAGCCACAACUACUCAUCCGCAUGUCGGGACUACCCUCCCAACGGAGGUGAUUUCAUGUCUGAAGAAUUCUCGAUUCCUUCACCUUGCAACAUGUGAUGGCUUGACCCCGCACAUCUCGCUCAUGUCCUACACCUACCUCCCCUCGACUCCCUAUGACCCGUAUCCGACGAUUAUCAUGACCACCAACCCUUCCUCUCGCAAAACCAACCAUCUGCUCACCAACCCUCGCGUGUCCCUUUUGGUCCAUGACUGGGUUUCGCACCGUCCGCCUACCCGGGCUCCCAACCCCGAUGGUCGCGAAGGGUCUCCCCCGCCUGCAGCCACACGGUCCUCUUUGGCGAGCCUGUUGUUGAACCUGAACACAAGCGCCCUUUCCAGUAUCUCCACAACUAUCGCCGGUACCGCGCGCUUCUUGGAACCUGGGUCUGAAGAGGAGGCCUGGUGCAAGAAGCAGCAUCUGGAGAACAACACCUUCGAGGAAGAGCUGGGCACUUUCGGGCAACAGUUGCAGCAGCAACCCGGUCAAAGACGGCCCAGUAUCUCAAUUGACAGCGAUGUCCGCGUCGUGACGGUUCAGGUGCGCGAGGGCCGCAUUGCAGACUGGAAGGGUGGCGUGAGGGAUUGGCAGUUGGUAUCGGAGGGUGAGGGCACGCAGGGAACGAUGGUUAAUGGCGUUGCGCCCGAGUAAUGCGCUUUGAAAUCUAUGCUAUUUUGUAUAUCAAACUUCAUGAGUGAACAAUCAAAUCUGGGAAAUUGCAAGCAAGCAAGCAAGCAAGCAGAUAUGCGAGUGUUGCAGACUACCUAGGUCCACUCAGUCAUCGGAAGUUUCAGCGCUCUCGGUUCCUGAAGAUCUCUGCAGACACGAUCUCGCAAUCAUGUUCCUGGACCAAUAUGG